AUGGCCGACACGGAUGUGAGGGUGGUGUGUUUUUUCAUGUUCUCCCCACUGAGGCGCGCCCCUCGCCAGGCUGAGAGAAGCCUCAUCCCCAUCCCCAGCCUUUCAUCCAUCCCCAGCCUCAUCCCCAUUCCCAGCCUUAUAUCCAUCCCCAGACUCAUAUCCACCCCCAGCCCCAUCCCAAUCCCCAGCCUCAUACCCAUCCCCAGACUCAUCCCCAGCCUCAUAUCCAUCCCCAGCCUCAUAUCCAUCCCCAGCCUCAUACCCAUCCCCAGCCUCAUAUCCACCCCCAGCCCCAUCCCAAUCCCCAGCUUCAUACCCAUCCCCAGCCUCAGCCUCAUAUCCAUGCCCAGCCUCAUACCCAUCCCCAGUCUCAUACCCAUACCUAGCCUCAUACCCAUACCUAGCCUCAUACCCAUCCCCAGCCUCAUAUCCAUCCCCAGCCUCAUACCCAUCCUCAGCCCCAUCCCCAGCCUCAUACCAAUCCCCUUCCCCAGCCUCAUACCCAUCCCCAGCCUCAUACCAAUCCCCUUCCCCAGCCUCAUACCCAUCCCCAGACUCAUACCCAUCCCCCUCCCCAGCCUCAUACCCAUCCCCAGCCUCAGCCCCAUCCCCAGCCUCAGCCCCAUCCCCAGCAUGAGCCACAUCCCCAGCAUCAUACCCAUCCCCAGCCUCAGCCCCAUCCCCAGUCUCAUACCCAUCCCCAGCCUCAGCCACAUCCCCAGCCUCAGCCACAUCCCCAGCCUCAGCCACAUCCCCAGCCUCAUACCCAUCCCCAGCCUCAUACCCAUCCCCAGCCUCAUACCCAUCCCCAGCUUCAGCCACAUCCCCAGCCUCAGCCACAUCCCCAGCCUCAGCCACAUCCCCAGCCUCAUACCCAUCCCCAGCCUCAUACCCAUCCCCAGCCUCAAACCCAUCCCCAGCCUCAAACCCAUCCCCAGCCCCAGCAUCACCCCACAGCCUGUGUCUGGCUCAGCCUUGAACAGCAUCACCCCACAGCCUGUGUCUGGCUCAGAAUCACCCCACAGCCUGUGUCUGGCUCAGCCUUGA